AUGCUCAUAUAUUUCAUCAUUUUGCGAUUAUACAUUUCGACAGCACGUCAACUGAAACGCCUUGAGAGCAUCCAUAGAUCACCAGUUUUUUCAAACUUCGAGGAAACAAUUCAGGGAGCAUCGUCUGUGCGGGCAUUCAAUAAGGUGAAACAGUUCCGAUCCACAUUUGGUGCUACUGUCGAUGCCUUCAUCAAAUGCAAGCACUGCAGCGUCAUGGCAGAUCGUUGGCUGGCAAUACGUUUGGAAUUUAUCGGUAAUCUAGUGAUCUUCUUUGCUGCUCUAUUUGCGGUCAUCUCGAAAGAAUUCGGUUGGGUGACUAGUCCUGGUAUAAUCGGUGUAUCUGUAUCCUAUGCUUUGAAUAUUACUGAAAUGCUCAAUUUCGGUAUACGUCAGAAUAAGUAUCGUGAGGGUCUUGAUCUCGUGCUGAAGCAGUUUGUAGCUGAUAUAGGCGAAGGAGAGAAAAUAGGAAUCGUAGGUCGUACGGGAGCUGGGAAGAGCUCUUUCACCCUUGCUCUUUUCCGCAUAAUCGAAGCCGUUUCUGGAAAAAUUAUAAUUGAUGAUGUUGACAUAUCCAAAAUCGGACUUCACGAUCUGCGCAGCAACAUUACCAUAAUCCCUCAGGGUUGA